UGAGAUUCCUGAAUUUGAUCAAGCCGGUUAUGUUCCUGCUGCCAGAGGUGCAGUCGCCAGACAGGAAGUUGCCAUUCAAGGAAAAGCUGCUAUGGACAGCCGUGUCUUUAUUUGUGUUUCUGAUAUGUUGUCAAAUACCGCUGUACGGUAUCGUGACGAGUAAAUCAAGUGACCCGUUUUAUUGGAUGCGUGUGAUUUUGGCUUCCAACAGAGGAACAUUAAUGGAGUUGGGAAUAUCACCCAUAGUAACAAGUGGCAUGGUAAUGCAGCUAUUGGCAGGUUCUAAAAUAAUAGAUGUAGAUCAGAGCUUAAAGGAAGAUAGAACCCUUUUUCAAGGAGCACAGAAAUUGCUGGGAUUGUUAAUAACCCUAGGAGAAGCUAUCGCCUAUGUGAUUAGCGGGAUAUAUGGAAACAUAUCCGAAAUAGGAACAGGACACGCCAUUAUUAUUAUACUUCAAUUAUUUUUUGCAGGAGUUGUUGUUAUUCUGUUAGAUGAACUGUUACAGAAGGGUUACGGAUUAGGGUCAGGUAUUUCACUAUUCAUAGCAACAAAUAUUUGUGAAACAAUUAUGUGGAAAUCGUUUAGUCCAACUACCAUCAACACAGAUAAGGGAAUCGAAUUUGAAGGAGCAAUUAUUUCUUUAGUAUACUGUCUCUUUACUGAAUCGAAUAAAAUAUCAGCUUUGAAAAAAGCUUUCUAUAGAACCCAUGCACCUAAUGUUACGAAUCUAUUAGCCACCAUUUUGGUUUUUCUCAUAGUUAUAUACCUCCAAGGAUUUAGAGUAGAUUUAUCUGUUAAGUAUCAAAGCGUACGAGGACAACAAGGGACUUAUCCGAUAAAGCUAUUUUACACGAGCAACAUCCCAAUUAUUUUACAGACAGCAUUAGUGUCCAACUUGUAUUUCUUCUCGCAAAUAUUGUACAAACGUUUCAAGGAUAGUAUUUUGGUAAAUAUUUUGGGACAGUGGCAGGAAGUUGAAUCUAGUGGGACCUCCAUCCCGAUUGGUGGAAUUGCUUACUAUAUUUCUCCUCCGAACUCUUUUGCUGAUAUUACGAAUGACCCUUUUCACACUCUAGUGUAUAUUUCCUUUGUGCUUGUGGCAUGUGCCUUUUUUUCGAAGACAUGGAUUGAAGUGUCUGGUAGCUCGGCUAAAGAUGUUGCGAAGCAAUUACGGGAUCAGCAAAUUGGUAUGAGAGGUCAUAGAGAUACGCCUACAUCCUUAACCAGAGUUUUCAAUCGAUAUAUCCCCACCGCCGCAGCCUUCGGGGGCAUGUGUAUUGGCGCCUUGACAAUUCUCGCCGAUUUCCUUGGGGCCUUGGGAAGUGGCACGGGUAUUCUACUAGCCGUAACCAUAAUAUAUCAAUUUUACGAAAUGCUCGUCAAGGAACAGGAGAAGGCAGCUUCUCUGUUUUAA